AUGCCCGUCCAUUGUGCAAUACACCAUACUGAACCCCCCUUGAUAGGAACAAAACGACCACAGUAUGCAGGAUAUGGACAUGUUGCUUGAGAAGGUCAAAUCAGCCAAUGCCAGCGCAAGGGAUGCUGAACGUGAGAAGGAAACAAUGAGGAGAGAGUUGGAGCAAUAUCAAACUGUCUCAUCACCUAACAAGCGAACCUCUAUGGCGUCCAAACGAGAUAGCAUCUAUACAUACGGCGACGACGGCGACGACCUUGACGAUCAAAUGCGUAUGUUGGUCAAGCAGAAAGAGCGACUUCAAUCCGAUUACAGCAAAAUACCCAUCAUAGGAGGCGGCCCACAGUCUCGAAAGCGUAAAGAGGAUUUGGAGGAGCAAUUAGACUCUAUUGAUUCUCAACUUAGCAAAAUCAAGCUAAAGAUUCGAAAUAGAGUGUAAUAAUAUAACAGAUUAAAAAAAAAAAAAAAAAGGAAAAAGCUCGCGAUGUAGCAGCAGCAUUGAAAGCAGUAGAUUCUAGGGUAUAUCUGAACAG